CAAAAGUAGUAGUAUUUAGAUAAGAGAUUGUUCUGGCUGAGCUCUCUUAGUCUUUGUUGGUGACCAGUGGGCGAGAUACCAGCUGCAGUUUUAUCACUUCAUCUGAAAACAACACAAUGUGGAGGACUGCCUUAGCAGUGGGCGUAACAAGUGCCUUGUGGGCUGCAGGGAAGCAAGGCCUCAAGGUCUUUGAUAUUUUGAUACCAUCACUAAGUGGAUUACAGCUUGCCUCAGUUGCUGCUGGCAUCUAUAUUACUACAGGAGGUUACUACACACUUUGGCUUGCUUAUAAUACUUUACCUAGGGAUAUCACGGCAGCAUGGAGGUAUGUACAGUGUCACAUAAAACUGAAAACUGCAUCCUUUAGGAAUACCAGCAUCCCAAAGAUGUUCAUGGAGAAUGUUCGAAGAAAUCCCAAUAAAGUUGCACUCAUCUUUGAAGAUCAAAAGUGGACAUUUGCUCAGAUUGAUGAGUACAGCAACCGUGUAGGUAACUUCAUGGUUGAGCAAGGUUUCAAACAUGGCGAUGUAGUUGCACUUUACAUGUGGAACCGGCCAGAAUAUGUAUGCACAUGGCUUGGUUGUGCAAAGGUGGGUGUGGUUCCAGCUCUGAUUAACUUCAACUUGCUGAACGAUUCACUCAUCCACUCCAUAAAGGUGGCACACUCAAAAGCACUUAUAUGUGGAUGGGAAGUGCAAGAAGCUGUGAAGGACGUCCAGGACCAACUAGCAUUACCAAUCUUUGUAUCAGGACUAGGAAAUGAAAAGCCCUCAUUGACUGGUGUCAAAUGUCUGGAUUCUCUGCUUAAUCAGUCAAAUCCAACACCACCACCUCAGAUCGACAAUGUUGAUAUUAAGGAUAAACUCAUAUAUAUUUACACAUCUGGCACUACUGGUUUACCUAAGGCAGCUGUCAUCAAACACUCCAGGUAUCUUUUCUUCUGUGCUGCAGUCCAUUACAUGGUUGGCUUAAGUGAUGAUGAGGUUAUAUAUAACCCACUACCCUUAUACCAUACUGCUGGAGGUAUGGUUGGCAUGGGGCAGGUCCUGCUAUUUAAUAACACUGCAGUUAUUCGGCGCAAGUUUUCUAAAUCACAAUAUUGGAUUGAAGCCAAGAAGCAUGGUUGCACAGUGGGUCAGUAUGUUGGGGAACUUUGCCGCUACCUUCUUACCAACUCCCCACAUCCAGAAGAGAAACAGCAUAAGGUAAAGGUGAUGUUUGGCAAUGGUGUAAGAGAAAACAUUUGGGAAGAAUUCACAACAAGGUUCAACAUACCUCUCAUUGCUGAGUUUUAUGGAGCAACAGAAGGAAUUGCAAAUUUAAUUAACAUGGAAGGUAAACAUGGUGCCUGUGGCUUCCUGUCAGUCCUGUUCCCUAGCGCCAUUCCUGUGUACCUGGUCAAGAUUGAUGAAGAGACUGGUGAGCCUGUAAGGGAUAAAAAUGGACUUUGUGUUGUGUGUAAACCAGGUGAACAAGGUGAACUUGUAGGUAUUAUCAAGAAGGAACAUCCAUUCCGUGAGUUUCAUGGCUAUGCAGAUGAAGCAGCUACAAAGAAAAAGAUACUGAGGAAUGUACUGAAGCCAGGAGACACAGCCUUUAAAUCAGGUGACCUCCUUGUUCAGGACAAAUUUGGCUAUCUCUACUUCAUGGACCGAACAGGGGACACUUUCCGCUGGCGUGGAGAAAAUGUCUCCACUACAGAAGUCGAAGGAGUUGUAUUGAAGGCUACAGACCACAAAGAUUCUGUUGUGUAUGGUGUUGAGGUUCCAGGAGCAGAGGGGAGAGCUGGAAUGGCAGCUAUUGUUGACCCAGAAGGAGAGAUUGACUUAGAAGAUUUCUUAAAGAAGAUUAAGAAAUCUGUGCCACCAUAUGCUCAGCCUUUGUUCCUCAGGCUCCUUGAUCAUAUUUCUGUAACGGGGACAUUUAAGCUGAAGAAAUUGGAGUUACAGAAGGAAGGAUAUAACCCCAACAUAAUCAAGGAUUCCCUCUACUUCUUAGACAGUAAGCAGGGUAAAUAUGUGCCUCUUGACAAAGACCUUUUUGAAAAAAUAAAGAACUGUCAAGUUGGUCUUUAAACCUAUAUUAACCAAAUAACACCGGGUAAAAUUUUUGGAAAGUGGACAUGAUCGCAGGUUUAUUGGCUGGCAUCAACAGUUUUCCCAGCUUGCACCCGGCUCGUUCAGUAGUCUGUGGGCAACAUUAGGCACUUAAAAGCUUGCAUUUUGAUACAAUUUGUAAAAAUAUAAAUUCAUAAAUUCAUGUUUGAUGCGAUGCCAUCCGCUAUUUUUUCCACAAUAGCCAUGGCAUGCCACCCGGCAGGAAUUGGUUAAUCGGGACUCAGGAAGUGUCAGCAAUCCCAGAGCCAUAUUUUUUAGGUCUUGGUAAAAUCCAGGAAUCCUAGAACCUCAUUUAGUUGAAGUUAGUAUAUGAAGGUACACUUUGUUCGUUAUUGCAUUUUUGUUCCUUCUUCAUGAAAUAUGCAAGCUAGCCUUCAGAGAAAAUGAACUGAGGCCUCAUUACUCUUUAAGAUUAUCUUGUUAUUCUACAAUCUAGCAGUUGAUAUAAAGAAUAUGAAUAUGUUUAAGUUCAUGCAUUUUUAAUGUUUAUGAUAUAUAUUAAUAGCUGUAUUUAUUUAGUUUCUGAAAUAGUUUCACAGAUUGAAGGGAAUGCUAUUGAAGUCAGUCUGCAUAGCAAAUUUUAUUACAGCAGAUAUUUUCUAACUAAUUCAUCCCAAAGAAUCAUGCCAAAAGUUGUGAAAAGGAUGUGCCAUAGUUGUAUAUUACACCUUACCCAAUUUGACAAGACAAUGGAGUUCAUUUAUUUCAUAUAGUCUAGCUAUAUUGAAGUAAUACAUUUAACUUGAGUGUGCAAGUUUAUUUAUACUCAAUUCUUAAGAAGGGAAUAAGUCAGUUUUUUUAAGUUUUAUGCAUAUUUUUCUGUGUUUUAAAAAGUGUAAAGAAAAGAUGUAGAAACUUCUACUUGAUCACAUAUCAGAAAUAUUUCUGCAUUUAUGUUUUCAGCAAUCCAUUUGACUUCACCAUUUAUUAUUAUAAUGCUGUGAUAAAAGUGUGUAAACAUUCACUGAUACUGCUGAAAAAACAGCUGUCAACUUUAUUAUAUGUACCCUCACUGUAGCUCAUAUAGUAUUUGCUUGUAAGGAAAAUGUUGAAUUCAGAUAUAAUGUAUUCAGAUUCUUCUAACUAAGACUUUGUAUGUCAACACUGUAUAGAUUUAUCUGCUUUAUUUAUAUAUUUGAUAAAACUCUUUUCACUAUGCUAUGGAAUACAAUUCAUGUAAAAUAUGUAUACUUCUCUGCUGCUGAAUUAUGAUGCCUCAGUAACUGCUCAAUAACCACAACCUGGGGUACUCAUAGUUCAGGUCAAAUCAUGUUUUUGGUCAGGUAGAACACUAUAAACCAAAGGAAUUCUGUGAAUAUACAAUAUAUUUUGAAUUAACUGAUAUAUGAUAGUGAAUUCCAUGGGUACCUCAUAAAAGUUCUACAGACAAGCAAGAGGUUAUUUCAAAUGAUAGGAUGUAAUAUAUGUUCAGAUGCCUUAAACUAAAAUUAAAUGCAAUAAUAUGCUUCCACUGAAAGUCACUUACAUUAUAAGGGAAAAAAAAUUAACCUUAGAUAUAAUUGUGCUUGUAUUUGCAUGUUUACAUAUGUUCAUCAUGCACUUUUGCUUUUGUGUAAGAAUGCAUUAAAUAUUCAAAUGAAAAUAAGUUACCUUAGCUUGAAUAGGUGCUAGUAAUACAUGAGUCUUUGCCACAGAUGUCCAGAAAAGUAGUUAUGUAUUACCAUUAUACCCCAUAGUAAUUUUCCCUUGUUUCUUGUCAUUUUGAGUACAAAAGAAGGUGCCUUGUUUCAUUCCUGUGUUAUAGAAUUUAACCAAAGAAGUUGGUGAUAAGUAACAGGUUUCUGGUCAUUUUGAUCCAAAGUGGUUGUGUUACUUUUGCUGAAGAACAAGGGACUGCCUCUUUAUUUUAUGAAGUCAUGGAGUUGCAUACAGUUGAUGAGGACUCACUGCUUUUUUAUGAUAGUUCAAGUUAAAAGUUUCAGGUUUGCCUUUACUUUGACUUUGUGUUAUGCUGUAGGUAAUUCAGAAAUCUGUGACAUUAUUACAUUUCAUGUAAAUUAUCAGUUAAAAUUCUUUAAUACUGCUUGCUAUGGUACAGAAAAUUUACUUUUACUUCUAAAAUAUCUAUUGUAUUUUAUGAUUUGUUUAGAUGUGCCCCCCCCCCUUUUCUCUCUCUCAGUGUGUGUGUGUGUGUGUGUGUGUGUGUGUGUGUGUGUGUGUGUGUGUGUGUGUGUGUGUAUGUGUGUGUGUGUAUGAGUGUGUGUGUGCAUGAGUGUGUGUGCGUGCACGCGCAUGUGCGUUUGUUGGUUUGUUUUCUGAGUAGGGGUGGGCGGUGCAUGCAUAUAUCUGUUUCCUCGAUCACACAUGACAAUAAUAAAGUGUUAGAAAAAUAUAUAUAUCAAAUAUACUACAAGUUUUGUAGUGUAAUAUUUUUUUCUUUUAUUUCCUUUUUUUAUUAAUAUUAAUGAAUACUUUUUUACUAUAGGAUUUUGCAAUGUAAUGAAGUACACCUGUAAACCAUCUUUCAAAUUUGAUUAUGAAAAGUUUAUUUAAUUUAUAUACAAUUUUUUAUAAAGAUGUAAAUUGAAUUUAAGUUCUGAAAGUAUUUAAUUGUAUUAUUUAUGUUUUCUACUAUAGUAUGUAAUUAUUAUUAUUACUUGAAAUAUCAUUUAUCAUUUUUAAGGGUUUGCUUAUUUACUUUUUAAUUAUAGAAAUUUCCAAAUUAUAAAUGAAAAAAAAAAUGUAAAUUACAUUUAUUUUUUGUAACAUAUGUGUUAAGAAAUAUUUAUUCCUUUUCCCAUACAAAAAGAUAUUAUUCUGGAAUGUGCAAGUAUGACAGAUUGUAUUGAAAUAAAUGUUUUUGGCAUUAUUUUGCUAAUUUCUGCUUCAGGUGGAAUUAGUGUAUUUUUAUGUUUGCUUUUAUUCUACACCAUUUUUUUGCCAUUUUAUUUCUGCUAUUCAUUAAUUCAUUUAUGAAAGUCCAGAUUACUUCAAGGAAAUCUUAACUGUUCAUCAUUAAGAAAAAGACAAUUAACUAAUUCAGACUAAUACAGCAUUAUUUUCUUCAGUGAAUUUGCUGCUUAUUUUUGGCUUAUAUUUUUAUUUUGUGAGAACGUGAUAGUUUGUUGUGCUUCAUUUUGUUUACAGCAUACCAGUUAUCUUUUUUUCCCAGUAUUUUUCAUUUUAUUCUGUUGUAUGGACCCAUAUUACUGUCUGAGCAAUCAUUUCAAUACAUAUUCCUUAUAGGUUGUACAGAUGGUUUUAGGAACAGUGAUAUUAACACAAACAGGAAAAUGUUUUUUGAUAGGUGUCUUUACCUAUCUACAUCUGAGACUUUUUAUGUUUUCUAGUUUGUGAUUCGAUUUAAGAAAAUAAAUGUAUUCAGAGCUUU